AUGUCGUCCCAUGGCGGACAGCAGAACUUCCCUUUCGGUUACCAACCUGAAAACCUUCAUGGAAUCGGUUUGCCCGAGUUUAUGACCCCGGGCCCUCCUCCGGGCCAGCCUUUGCUGAACGCACACGAGAAUCGCGACCUGGACAACUUCUUCCAAGGCUUUGAUCAAAAUGGCGCUGCCAACAAAGCCCUUACGCACACUCAGUUCAAUUCCCCUGCCGACCAUGACCACCUCUUUGAUAUGCCCCCGAUGUUUGUGGGUUCGGACACUGCGUUGGCUCAGCGGUCCAUCAUCGAUCAACAUCAACUAACAGGAGCCGGAUUCCUGUAUGGCGAUGGCUUUCUGGGACAUGACAUGAACACGGUCUCACAGACGACUCCACUGGUCCCUGGAAUGCACGGGAUUUCGUACAGUGAUGCAACAUUCCCAAAUCCUCUCAUCACUCAGCUCCAAUCCGCGGUAUCAAUGCAACCGGCUUACACUCAAGGUUGGCAACAGUCCUAUCCACCUCAGAACGCAAUCAGGAUUCCUCCGCAGGGUCGUCUAGGAAUGGAUUUUGGCACCGAUUCUCGAUUUCAACCAACUGGCUAUGCUGCUCCUCACAAUCCUAUGGAUCCUGACCUGCCUCAGGGAUUGCAGAUGAAUAACCCCAUUGGCGAGUGGUUGGAACCGGCCAGUGGAAGCACCACCCAACCAAACACACAGCCAAAUACCCAACCGUCAAGUCCCACUUGGUCAAAGAAAAGAAAUUUUGACGACUUCGUCAGAGAUCAACAACCGCGCAACGGCUUUCUUGCCUCGGCACAGCAGACCAGCAUGGCUCAACCAUCUCCUCCGCAGUCCAACCCUCGCAGGAAGCGUUCUGAGAUCAAGACCGAAAAAAGGACAUCAAUUUCUCAGCCGCCAACACCGCUAUCCAACAGCAAACCACAUUCCCCGCUCAACUCCAACGACCCAGGUAUAGGUGAGCAGGAGCCAGAUGCUGAGGCAGAGGCCGACAGGGAAGACGACGAGGACGCCACAGAACAGCCCAGAUCACCUUCCCCGGCACCCUGGCCGGCCUCUAAAGCUCGCCCUCCGCGAAACACAAAGGCUCCCCCUCCAAAGCCCCCUCGUAAGAAGAAGGCCAGUGCGAAUGCGUCUACUCCAAGUAAGCCCAAGUCAAAGGUCCAACGGCCCAGCGUCACCUCCACCCGUGUACCUCUUAGCCUCGAGCAAAAGAAAGCUAAUCACACGAACUCGGAGCAACGCCGUCGGGAUGCAACAGCCCGUGCGUACGCUGAACUAUACGAUCUGGUCCCAGAACUUGAAGACAUGGGGAAGCAGAGUACAAUGAAAAAGCUCGAGGUCGUGGUGGCUAAGGUCCAGCGUGUGAAGCAAAAGGUUGACGAACUAAGGGCGAAGCUCGGCAUGGAUCCCAUGACUGGAAGGCCAAUUGGCGGUCCAACUGGAGGACCAGCGAUGCUCUUGUACAGUGACGUUCCGGGCUGGCGCCAAUGA